AAUCGGAACGUCGAGUGGCAGUCGUGUCGUGUGUCGAUUGGUGAGCGGCUGUGGCACAUAUGUGAAAAAUAAUUAUCUUCAUUUUAAUUGAAUUAAGACAAUAACAACAACGAUUUCUGACACUCGGUUGCCUUGCCAUAUGUGACACAAAGCACACACAUGCGCCCGUAAAGUCAGAACUCUGUUUCAGCGCGAAUGCGGGUGCACAACAGUGAAAUUUCGCUGCGACAAGUGGAAAAGAAAACGGAGAAAGGUAGCGCAAGAGCCAAGCGAAAAUCCUGGUCAUGUCGUUGGAAUUCGAGAUCAGCAGCUCUCGCAACCACAACAACAACACAAUCACGUACGGCCAUGCGAAAAACAACUGCAUUAUGCCGAAGUCAUUGCCCGCUUCCUCCGCACCCGCCUUCCCUCAGCUGAUCCAGGCCAGCUGUUUCAAUGCCGUGGAGGUGGAUUCACCAGACAGCAGUGCAGGGACAGCAGGCAUAUCCGAAGCUCCCACCGCCGCCCAGCGAACACCGGACACGUCGGAGGACAGCGAAUGCGACUCGUUUCUCGCCAGUCGGAGACGUACCCGCUCCUCCUCCUCUGUGCUACGCAACCGGAAGCGCAACUCGUGGUGGGGACGAGCCCACAGCUUUCUAUCCCACAACUGGUAUCUGGGCUGCCUGGUGCCCGCCUCCAUUCUGGGGGCCCUCAUCUUUAUCGGAUGGACGACGCGGGACUACGCCCGCCAAUUGCUCUUCUGGAUCGAAAUGCAGAACGCCUGGAUAACAUUUGCCGUCUACAUGGGACUCUUUGCUCUCGUCAGCUUUCCCGUGGUGGUGGGAUACUUCGUACUGCUCAUCACCGCCGGCUAUCUAUUCGGCUGCCUGCGCGGUUGGGUCACCGUGAUCCUGGGUGCCAAUCUGGGCAUCGCCGUGGCGCAUGCCACCAUUCGCGGCUGCCGGCACCGCAUUCCUGUGCAAAGGCUGAUCAAGAAUGACACGGGCCGAGCCAUUCUCCGCGUGAUAUCUGGCCCAAAGGCAUUUCGGGUCGUUCUUUUUACCCGACUUACGCCCAUUCCCUUUGGAGUACAGAAUGUAAUAUUCGGAAUCAGUUCUAUUAAUACAAGAGACUACCAUGUGGCCACGCUGAUUGGGUUGCUGCCAGCCCAAACCAUCAAUGUUUACUUGGGUUCCACGCUAAGGUCUAUGCACGAAGUGCUUAGCGAUAACGAAACCAAGCUGACGGGUUAUAUCAGCUUUGUGUUUGAGGUAAUUUGUGGCGUGGCCUUGAUGUUCUGGGUAUUGCAGAAGGCAAGGAAGGAGCUGUCUGAGACGCUGCUUAACGCUGAUUACAAUAACGAGGGCAAGCAUCCUGACGUACAAGUUUAACAGGAUCCACUAGGAGAACGGAGUCCCUCAGGACCCCCAGCCAAAGAGAAUCUCCUGGACUUUAAAACAAGACUGCGUUUUUGCAUUAACUAGUUUAAAUUAAGGCGAUCUUUGAGUUGCUUUUUAUUUAUGCUCCAGGCAAUGCCACUGAAACUAGCUUUAGCAGAUACUGAUUUGAAUCACACUCUUUCCCUAAAACUAUGUAAGAUUGUGUAAUGCGUCACAUCACACAUUACUUUUUAAAACUUCUGAGAUGUACAUUUAUAACUAAGUCAAAGCCUUGCUCAAAAAUCGCUAGCUCUUAGACUCGAUUGUUAGUCAUAAUGCUGCUCUAUAAUGUUGUUCAAUUACUAGUUUGUAAGCAAAGCGAAUAAAUGAGCUCUGAAGUACAA